UUCUGCUCCUCCCUGAGACUCACGAGGCUCAGCAGAACCAGAACCGGUUCGGUUCGGUUCGGUUCGGAGGUUCUGGCUAAGAGCAGGAGCAGGAAAAGUCAAAGCACAGUUUGGUUCGUCCGUGUUGUGUUCAGGGUCCGUCCGACAGGUGGGCUUCUCUCUGACUGCUGAGUGGAGGACAAGGUCAGGCUGCAGGGUCUCCACCUGUACAGACAGCAGCCGACGGGUUUCUCUGACAUCAUGAAGGUUUCUGCAGGACUCCAGCUCCUCUCAUUAGUCCUGAUGCUAAAACGAACAUUGAUCCGGUCCAAUCGGGUCCUCCUGAGCCCGGCGGAGCUGACGGGUGAAACGAUGCGAGCUGCUCCUCUGCAGAUGGCUGCAGCAGAUUAAACUGAUCCACCAUGGAUGGUGUUUCCCAGCAGGAUGAUCCAGACCCAAAUCCUGAGGGUCUCACACAAGAUCAGUCCCCCUCAGCUGUUGAUCCAGAACCAAGACCAGACCCUGAUCCCACAGGUCUCACACAGGACCAGGAUGAGCCAAGUCUGCUGGUAAAUUCAGACGGUGAAGCUGAUGCUACUGAUGAGGACCACAACGAUCCUCCUCGGGACCAGGAUCAGGAUCAGGUCCGGGCAGAAGAUCCAACAGAACAAAGUCUGACCCAGGACUCAGACAGAGACUCCAGGCUGGAUCAGAACCAAGCCCCCUCAGACCUGAUGCCUGUCCCAGACCAGAGCGAGGAGUCAGGAGGAGGAGGAGGCUCGGCGCUGGUCGUCACUGAGACAGAGGAGAGCGAGGAGGACGAUACGAGGAGCGUCACCGCCUCAUCCGUCACGUCUCUGUUCCACAGGGUGCAGCUGGAUCCUCUGGAGAAGGACUGGCUGAGGAGUUCUGCCCUGGGAAACAUGGCCGCCCAGCGUCUGCUGCUCGCUCAGGAGCCCAGCCUGGUGCUCAAGAAGGACUUCAUCACUACAGCUCUUCACUGGGCAGCAAAGCAGGGCCAUCAGGAGGUCGUGGAGAUGAUGCUUCGCUCUGGAGCCGAUGUCAACAUCAGAUCAAACGGGGGUUACACCGCGCUCCAUCUGGCCUCCAUCCACGGACACCAGGACGUGGUCCGGACUCUGAUCGCCUCCCACCAUGCUAAAACCAACAUCAGAGAUUAUCACGGCAAGACGGCUGUUCAGUACUGGACCGGAGGAGCCGACGUCUUCAACAGACCCGACUCUCAGUCAGACGAGAGGUUCUGUCGGACCCGCCGGACGCAGCGUUUCGGUCUGCUGUCUCUGCGUUUGUCUCGCUCUCGCAGCCAAGGACAGCUUCACCUGGAGUUCGGGACGCCGCCUCAGUCAGCAACUUAUGAUGCGUUGGACCUGCACAUAUGACAUCAUAGACCAAUAAAUAGUUGGACCUACGCUUAUGACAUCAUAGACCAACAAAUAGUUGAACCUACACUUAUGACAUCAUAGACCAACAAAUAGUUGGACCUACGCUUAUGACAUCGUAGACCAAUAAAUAGUUGGACCUACACUUAUGACAUCAUAGACCAACAAAUAGUUGGACCUACACUUAUGACAUCAUAGACCAACAAAUAGUUGGACCUACACUUAUGACAUCAUAGACCAAUAAAUAGUUGGACCUACACUUAUGACAUCGUAGACCAAUAAAUAGUUGGACCUACACUUAUGACAUCAUAGACAAAUAAAUAGUUGGACCUACACUUAUGACAUCAUAGACCAAUAAAUAGUUGGACCUAUACUUAUGACAUCAUAGACCAACAAAUAGUUGGACCUACACUUAUGACAUCACUGACCUGUCUGAAAUGUCUUGUAGAACAAACAUCUGGGAAAAUCUGCAGCUGCUCAUCUUUCUGUAGAGGUUGAUGACAAACAGGAAGUAAAACAAACAAACAGUUCAACAGAACAAACAGAAAUACAACCUGAGCUCAGAAAAAAAUAUUUUCUCUGAGUUUUAGUUGAACUUUUCUUCUGAAAGUGAAUAAAUCUUGUUUUUAACCUGA